AUGUCAAACUCUUCUUCACCGAUAGACCAUCCUGGAGGGAACACCUUUUCUAUCGGGAGAUCUCCCCCAAUCGACCCGAAUUUAAUCAAUGAACUGGAAAAACAGGCCUACGGGAUCGCCAAUGACCUGGAAACCAUGCUACAGAAUUUACAGUCGCAAAUGUUUGAGGCGUCGGUUCUAACUUCGGCUUCAUUUGAUGUUUACAAGCAAGCAAUCCUGAGUCACGGUGCAGCCUUGGAAGACGCAUCGAGUAAAACUCGGGAAUUGAUUGAAAUGUGUGUUCGGUUGGAUAAAGAGUUGGCGAACGUGCAGACGAUGGCCAGCAAUAUCAAGAACAUUAGACAACAAGUAGACACUCUCCACGCUGCCAUUGGAAAAUGA